CACCGCGAAGAGACACACUUGAACAUGGAAUUAUGUGCAAGCCAUUUUUUGGUCGCUGAACAAUUUUAAAGCUUAACUGGGUAUUAUUUUCAGUGGGUCUGGGUCUGCUGUCAGAGUAGUAUGAAAGAUAAAGUGUUCACAAAAUGCCUCAAGAUUUAAGAGUCGUUCUGGAGGAGUGGAAAUGUCUGGAAGAAGAGUAUCAACAACUUCUGGAGACACACAGACUGUACUUACAGAAAUUGGAGGAAAUUUCCAAACUACAAAAAAACUGCUCUUCCUCCAUUUCCAGUCAGCGCAGCAGACUGAAGGAUGUGUCCCACCUCGUGAAAAAAUGCAGCAAAGGACCAGAGGAAGAUGCCAAGACCUUGGAUGAAAUAAAUGAGAAGAUAAAGACGCGACCAAAUGCUUUCUUUGACAUGGAAGCUUUCCUUCCCAAUAAAAAUGGUUUGUACCUCAGUCUGGUUCUUGGAAAUGUGAAUGUCACUCUUCUCAGUAAGCAGUCAAAAUUUGCCUACAAAGAUGAAUACGAGAAGUUCAAGCUGUACCUCACAGUCAUCCUGCUGCUGUUCUCCUUCAUAUGCUAUUUCUUUGUGAGCUACAGAUUUCUUGAUGCAAUCCUCAAUUUCCUGCUGGUGUGGUACUAUUGUACACUAACAAUCAGGGAAAGUAUUCUCACCGCCAACGGCUCCAGAAUCAAGGGCUGGUGGGUUUUCCAUCACUACAUCUCAGCUUUUUUGUCCGGUGUAAUGUUGACAUGGCCAGAGGGGAACCUGUACAAGAUAUUCAGGAACCAGUUCCUUGCCUACUCCUUGUAUCAAAGUUUUGUUCAGUGUCUGCAGUGCUAUUAUCAGAGCGGAUGUCUGUACAGGCUACGAGCCCUGGGAGAAAGACACAACAUGGAUCUGACCGUGGAGGGAUUUCAGUCGUGGAUGUGGAAAGGGCUGACUUUCCUGUUGCCCUUCCUGUUUUUUGGUCAUUUCUGGCAGCUCUUCAAUAGCAUCUCUCUCUUCAGAAUGUCUCAGCUCCCAGACUGUAAAGAAUGGCAGGUCUUGAUGUGUGGUCUCUGCUUCCUUAUUCUGUUCAUGGGAAACUUCUUCACGACAGUUGCUGUGGUCCGUCACAAGGUCAAGAGCAGGAAUCAGAAACCAAAGAGUCUGUGACAGCCCAGUCUACUAUGAUAACAAACAUCAACAACAAACAUCAACAUGUCUACAACAUAUUGUCUCAAAUGCUACUCUCCAAAUUAAGAGCAUUAUCAUUACUGCUGGUAUAAACAUUAUUUGCUGUGCUAUUAUAUAACCAACUCAUUAUAAGUCUUAAAUAUUACAAAACAUGUAAAAACUAUAUUUUAUGUCUAAUCAAUCACCAUUAAAGGUUGAAUUAUGCUCCACAAAACCUCCAUGUUCUUAUCUUUGUAUAAUUAGUCAAAUGAAAGGAAUAAAAUAACCCUCCAAUAAAGUAUUUCUU